GAUGAUUUUCAGAUCACAAAUGGGACAAUAACAAUGCUUAUAAUAGGAGCUAUGUUUGGCAUCCUUCUUAGGCUUGCGAUCAAAGCUAUGAUGACUCCUUCAAGAUCAGAAGAACCUUUUCCAGAUCGUGAUUACGGCUUUGAUGAUGUUCAGGUUCAUAUCUAUUUUAGCCCUGAAGCUGAUGAUCCAAACCAAGAUUUUGGCAAAGCUGUUCAAUGAGCUCUGAUAAAUUUGAGGCAAAGAUGAGCUAAAUAUCGCACACGAUAUUAUAUGGCAAUAAACAAACAAUGGAGAAGAAAUGGCUUUAAAGUGAUAAGAAAAUCAGUUCCAGACCAUAAAGAUCUGGAAGAAAUAAGAAAUAUUUGUGACGGAGUUGACAUUGGAUACAAUGCCAUAUGAUACUUCUUUAAUGAUUCUGAUACAGUUGUUGGAUAUUGAAUAGGACCUGCCCCAAAGCUUCAUCUAAACGUUAUAAAGCAAAGAAUGAAACAAUGCCAAAAUCAAAGAGGAGAAAAAUAAUUUCAAUUAAUUGAAAUAAAAA